CCUACUAUAAAGACCAUCCCCAUGAGUGUAAAUCCGUUCGCCAGUAGUGCAUCCUUUAAGGAGGAUGCGUUCAAUAUUUGAUUACAACGUCUUAUCCACUCUUCUGCUUACCACAGAAUGACUAACGGGCUCGUUUCACACAUGUUGGUCCACCAGCACGUCACUCUUGCCGACAUGCGUGUCCGUAAGAAUUUCGGCAGAAACGACUCAACAUUCCUUCCGUCUUGAUGUUACAAACAGGCCUUGCUGCGAAGGGUAAAACAACAACAACAGACCAUAACACUACACCACCCCGGACCAAACGCUACACCUUCAACCGGAGUGUACCCAACCCGAAACCCUUUGACCGUACCGUUUGCUGAUGGGCCGUUUGUUUUCAACAACAGCUGCAACGGUAGACCAUCCCCAAGGUUACAAGGUUUGAAUUCCUUACUCAGCGCUUGCCUGUUUUGCUGUGACCUUUACAAAAUGUAACAAUUCGUCUAGCUGGAGCUGUACUUAAAAGCUACAGUGCAACAGGAUUGGAGCAUCAGUUGCGAAUGUGCCCAGCAAGAAGUGGCACCAGAGUGCAGUGAGGUGAAGUUCUGUGAACUGUGAUAGUGUUAAUAAGUUGUGUGUGAAACCCUGUGAAAGUUGUGGACAAUCAUUUCCAAAAUGUUGUUCCUCAACCGUUGGAGUAUAUCCUUGUUGGUUGCUCUACUAGCGUUGGACGCCGGAGUCGAUGCUUUCAAAUACUACAAGCGCAUGGGCCCACAUCGGUUUAGGCCCGUCUUUACUGGACCGAUCCGUGGAUCACGGUUUGGAUUUGUAAGAGCAGAGAACCCUAACGCCGAUGGAGCGAUGGACGCGCCUAAGUCGGGUGAAGAAAGCUCGGAAACGGUACCAGCGCAAGCGCCCGCAAUGAGCGACAUGGCAGUUCACGACCCGAAUGCACCUCAGAUGCGUGAAAUGGUUCACGAUAGUCCGCAUCCGGUCGAGAUCGAUAUGGGUCCGGGCAUGCAGGCUCGCGUCAUGGGCUUCGAGGGUGAACUGGAUGAGGGCAACUUUGGCCGAGCGGCAGAGGACGACGACAACGAGGAGGACGGUUCUUCCAAGUUCAGACAUUUCAAGAAACACAAGAAACAUAAGCACGUCAUCCACACCCAUCAUCACUAUCACCACAAGAAGGGAUACGGUGGACAUGGAGGCGGCUACGGACACGGUGGAGGAUAUGGACACCAUGGACAUGGCCACGGAUACGGCAAUCAUGGGCACGGUGGUGGCCAUGGAUAUCACGAUGACCAUGACGGAGGCGAUGAUUACGAGCCCACCUAUGGUCAUCACGGACGGUAUCGCCGUUCGCCGAUGAGUGAGAUGUCCGGGCUGGAGGACGGGGAGGAGACCCCGGUUGCUCAGGCUUUAGAUCGUAACGCGCCAACACAUUCAUCCCAGGACCAUCCUGCCCUGGACGAGCCAGGCAGCCCAACAUCGCCGCUGGCUGAGCCCGGAGCACCCGUUUACCGACAGUCCGUCAGCCGACGGCAGCUGGUGCGCACCAAGAACGAGCGACUGGCACAGAUUGGGCGAGAUCGAGCACAACGAGCGAACAGGUUACGAUCGAUGGCGAAGCGUAUGAUUGCAGGGCUGGGCGAGGGCGGUGGUCGCACGGGUCGGACGACGGGAGAGGAGAGUGCGGGCGAGGCUGUCGAUGGGUCUGUACCGCAGCAGCGUUGGCUUCACAGACGCCGCACAAAGUCGGAAUGGCGUCGUCGGGAUGCGAAUCCGGGUCGACGUCGUAGACCCAUGCCGGCCGACAAAGUAAUCGAAAGACGGACACCGGAAGAUCUAGCUUCCACGAUCACCCCUGUGACCUCAGCUCCAAUGGUAGUGGAGGAGGUGGAUGUACAUGAGCAGGAAGCGCAACAAGAGUCGGACGAAGAUUCAGAAUGUGAGAUUUGCUCCAACUUUUACGUCGAUGAGCAGAAGCUGACCACAACCUCGACUACACCACGGGCUCCCGAGCAUCGGUUGGACGAAGUGCUCGAACCAAAACUAGCCCUGGAUGGUAACGCAAUUGAAACGGAAGAAAGCAUUGAAGAUCCCGAAGCUAGUCUGGUCGCACAGCGAGAUGAUCGCAAUGAAGCUUCAGCUAGACCCAACCAUUCCGGUGGGCGGAAUGCUCUCUGGCGUGGCCUUUCCAAGCGACUCAGUGCGUUUCGUGAGCGACAUGCAGGCAAGAGUGCGCACAGGAAACCGCUGCCAGAGACGGAACCUCCAUCCACUAGGACGUCGACGAUGACGAACCUAACCGAUGACGAAGCGGUCGAUUCAAACGAAAUCGUCGAAUACUACCAGCAGGACCUCGGCCGAGUACUCUACCGGAUGGCGAAUGGACGCGUUCUCGAGGAACCACAGCGCUACCAUCUGCGCCGUAGUUCUGACGACGAAGCGGACGUUUCUCCCCGUCAACGACGGCUCAAUCGCAUCAACAAGCGCCGGAAGCAGUACAAAGACGCACCAGCGACGGAGGAUAAAACUCCCGCCACGAAGCCUACACCCAUCAUCAACAUAGGCUCGUUCGGCAUGCCAAACGGAGCUGCUUCGGUAUCGAACAUGGAAAACACGGGCGCUUCUCGCACCGUGGGCGGACCUGAAAUGGACAACUACAUCAUGCAGAAGGUGCGUGAAUACUGCAGCACGUCGUGCGGUUCUGGUAAAGUGGUCCCACCGCCGGUGAUCAUCGUACCCGAGAAGCCUUCCUACGCGAUCGCAUACCCGCCGGAUGCGGUUGCCGCACCCGCUGCCACAGGCGAACAGAUCGUAGGUAGUCAGCUGAUCGUGCAGCCUGCAGGCACCUACAGCCAAAACGAAGCGCCCACGACCCGCUCGCCAUCCGACCCCGGUACCACCCCUCGCUCCUGCCCGACCAAGAUCGUCAAGUGCAUCCCGCGAGCGAUGGCCAGCAAAAACAAGCAGACGCGCAAAGCUGGAACCACCUCGAACGACGAGGAGAAGGACACCGUCGCCGGCCCGCUGGUAGCAGCGUUCAGACAAAAGCGUCCUUUUCAGCUUAACCCGUUCAGGGGUUUCUUCCAGCGGUUCCGCAGGAUAUAAGAGGUCGCUCUGUACGCGGUUGCCCACAGUAUCCUGCCACCGAUCUCCCUCUCUCGUCGUUGUUCGUGUGACCUGUGCCGUUCCUCCUUGCGGCAGCAACAAACCCAGCCUCGUGUAGAUUAAGAGCUCGCUUGUAUUUUUUGUUUCUGUUUUGUUGUAAUUGUGUCGCGGCGCACCUUGGCGUCCGGGGCCAACAUUGGUUCGGAUGGGAAAUGUGAAUGUGUAAUGUGCCUCCCGGCUGCGCGAAGAGCUUUAGAAUAAACUGACCGAUGUCGUCCGCGGGCCACGGUUCACGGACGAUUGACGUUGCAUUUUUGUACCAAACCAAACUAAUGAUUUGUUCUUUUUCUUCUCUUCCCUAUACUCGAUCGACCCGAUGACCCGAUGGCCCCCU